AGAGAAGGAAGAGAAGCCGCAGCCUCCGCGAGGGCGAGACAGCUCGGCGGCGUGGUUCGGGGAUGGGCAAGGGCGCCGAACUGUGGGACGACUCCGCGCUGGUGGACGCCUUCGACCGCGCCAUGUUCAGCAUGAAAGAAAUGCAUUGCAAGAGCAAGCGAGCAACGCCAAGCGAGGAUGGGAAGACCGAACUUGCUGCUGCUACUGCAGAAGAGGAGCCAAUUACUGCUGGAGCAGCGGAUGUGUGCGGAGAGGAAGAUGCCAACUGUGACAGCACACACUGUGAUCUGUCAGAGUUACAACAACAGCCCUAUGAAGACAGACAGACAAUUGAGCAUGCUCCUCUUCAAGAAACUGAUCCAGGCAAAGAGACACAUGUUUCAGAGGCUAAGACGCUCUCCACCGAUGCUUCUACUAAUGCUGGUGGAAAUUGGAGCUCAAGCCAGCAAACUGGGCAGUACAAUGAAUUGCUGAGACAAUACUAUGAACUUGAGGAGAAGAGUCGGAACAUUCUUGAGCAACUCCAACAAACAAACUAUUCAAAUUAUCAAGCAUCAGGAUAUGCUUCUACGGCCCAACAGCAGCAAGUUCCUGUCUAUAGUGCCACAGUACCAGAUCCUUACUCUUCCACCACUCAAUCCUCAUGCUGCAAUUGGAACGUUCCCCUGGUAUCUGUCUCCUGCUGUUCAGCAGGCCAACCAAGUGGAGGCUCUGCUUGUACGCCACCUACUGCUGGCUGCAGCGUAUCAUUGACUUGUGAUCAAUGCCCAGGUGCAACUACUGCAUACCCUAGUGUUUCAAACUUCAUGCAGGUCCCAACGAUGGUAUCUACCAAUGAUGAUCAAGUUGAUAAGGCUGCAAUGAUGACUGCUGAAGCUGCCUUUAAUUUUAUGAGAAGUACGAUAUCUGGACAGCCUAGCACACAAGGAAGCAAAUCUGAUACUGGAAAGGAGGAAAGCACAAAUAUGGGCAUGAACCCAAAUCUUGACAGUGAUCUUGCUGCUCUCUUAAAUUCAUGGUAUGCUGCUGGGUUCUACACUUGCAGGUACCUCAUGCUGCAAUCUACAAAGAAUUCCAGACCGUAGUGUAGUAGGCCAUGGCCGUCUUGAGAUAGAUGUCCGAGAAGAAGCAGGUUGAAGCAUCGCUGGGUGCCUUCAUGUAUGUGAAUCUGCUGGAGUUGUGUCUGUGCUGUGCCUUGCUUGUCACUGCUAUUUCUAGCUAGACUUUCGGUACGCUCGUAUGUGAAUCUGUUGAUGUCAGGCAGAAAAUUGGGUAAAAUUGUUGCAUUAACCGAUCUGGUAUUCGUUGUAUAUAUAGCGCUGACAUCAGUAACCUAUUUUUCCAGGCUGGUUUCGGCAGGAUAACAUUUGUGCUAACACGAGUAGAUUCGCUUAUUCCCGUUCC